CAAAGAAGAGGAAGAAGAAAGAAUAUGGAAUAAGAGAAGAAAAACCAAAACGCCACUUUCCCAUUGAAUUGCUUUCUCUUCAACCAUUCAAUUCUGAAGAAAAUCAAGGAAUUCUUCGACUCAUUUCCCCUUUUUCACAUCCUUUUUAGCUUUAACUAAAUUCGCUGAGCUCAUCGUUCUCGGCGGUAUCGAUUGCCUUCCUGACUUCUUCGAACUACUAUAAUACGUUCUUGAAUUCUUCUGUUGUUUGUUCGAUUCAGAUAAAGGGAGGCCAUGAAUGCGAAUAGUUCUCGAUUUCAGUCGCUUGGUCAGACCGAGAUUAACUGGGACAAGCUUGAUAAAGCAAAAUUUUAUGGCGUAGGAGCUGGUCUCUUUACUGGGAUUACAGUUGCACUAUACCCUGUUUCUGUUGUAAAAACGAGGAUGCAGGUUGCUGUAAAGGAUUCUGCCGAGAAAAAUGCAUUUUCUGUAAUUAAAGGCUUACUGAAGAAUGAUGGGGUUCCUGGUCUUUACAGAGGGUUUGGCACUGUUAUCACCGGUGCGAUUCCUGCAAGGAUUAUCUUCCUUACUGCUUUGGAGACUACCAAAGUGGGAACCUUAAAAAUGGUUGAGCCAUUGAAAUUUUCUGAACCCACACAGGCGGCAAUAGCAAAUGGGUUAGCUGGCAUGACUGCAUCACUUUUUUCUCAAGCUGUUUUUGUUCCAAUUGAUGUGAUUAGUCAGAAGCUCAUGGUUCAAGGAUACUCAAGCAAUACAAGAUAUAAUGGGGGUUUAGAUGUUGCUCGUAAACUGAUAAAGUCUGAUGGGAUCCGGGGAUUGUAUAAAGGUUUUGGAUUAUCUGUUAUGACCUACUCUCCAUCUAGUGCUGUAUGGUGGGCAAGUUAUGGUGCAAGUCAACGUAUCAUCUGGAGGUUCUUAGGCCAAAACUCUGGUGCUGAGAAAUUUGCUCCUAGCCAUGCCCAACUUAUUUCUGUUCAAGCUGCGGGUGGAAUAAUUGCAGGUGCAACAGCUUCCUGCAUUACGACGCCAUUGGACACUAUUAAGACUCGCUUACAGGUGAUGGGUGAUAAAGGGCAGACAGCAAGACAAAUUGUUGAAAACUUAAUCGCCGAGGAUGGAUGGAAAGGCCUCUAUAGGGGGCUGGGUCCUCGGUUUUUCAGCAUGUCAGCUUGGGGAACCUCGAUGAUAUUGGCUUACGAGUACCUCAAGCGCCUGUGUGCAAAAGAUGAACAGACUUGAUCGCAGCCAAGCGAAAGCUUUUUUGGUUUCAACUCUUUUCCCCUCACAACAGGGCCAGGUUGAGCAUAGAUUUCUAUCCACACUUCAAUUGCAGAUAAGGAUUGGUAUUAAAGCAUUCAUGUAUUGACUACAGAACAGAAUUUCAUUCCAUCCUAAAACCACAUUGAUUUUUUGGGAGAAGAUCAAACAAACUAAUUCCUGAAUUUUUUGGCAUUUUCUUCCCAUCACUCCUAACACGGUUUACUGUUGCCACUGCCCAAUUGUGGACUUAGCCAGAUUUGCCUGGAACAAAGAGAGCUUGGUGAGAUUUAAGUUGUAGGACCUUGACAUCGUUUAGUUAUUGUUUCCUAUUGUAAUGUAGUUGAUGGUUGAUUUCAUUUGUAGUAGCAAUGUGUUUAGUUGACUUGGUUCUUCAAGUACAUCCUUUUGGAAUCAAAGCAAUAUAUUGGCCAUCUCGAUCUCUUAUGACUU